AUGGCGGAGAAGCACAUAUUUCAAGUGACACCCAGCAAUAAAGUGAGCAUUCUCUGGCAAAUCCCUCAGUACGUUAUAAUCACUAUCGGCGAAAUACUUUUCUCGAUCACCGGUAUUGAAUUUGCUUACUCACAGGCGGCACCAUCCAUGAAAUCAGUCGUACAGGCGCUGUGGCUCUUGACAUCAUCGAUCGGAGACUCAAUCAUUGUUGUUAUUGCCUUGUUGAGUCCGUUCAGUGACAUGGCCAUUGAGUCAUUUGCAUAUGCCGCUGCUAUGCUCGUUGUCAUGCUUAUAUUUGCGCUACUCGCUAUAUACUACUAUGAGUACUGUAGCUACACCGGUGAAGAUGGUGACUGCGUGCAGAACAGUAUAACCGAAAACAAGAAGGUUGAAUCACUAAGCACGUCUUCGUGA